AUGUGGUGGAUGCUGUUUCCUCGCUGGAUCUGGUUCCUGGUGUGUGUGUCAGUGUGGUGUGUCAAUGUCGGAGUUCUGCCGCAUACCACCUACUCACACCCGGGGAUCUGCCCCAAUGACAUGAACCCUAAUCUGUGGGUGGAUGCCAUGAGCACCUGCACCCGAGAGUGUGUAUCUGAUCAGGAGUGUGAAUCCUUUGAAAAGUGUUGCCAGAAUGUUUGCGGGAACCGGAGUUGUGUGGCAGCCCGUUAUCUGGACGGGAAGAAAGGCCCCAUGGGAAUGCCCAAGGAGGCCUCCUGCGCCAGCUUCAUGUGCAACCAGCAGGGCUCUGAGUGCGACAUCUGGGAUGGCCAGCCGGUGUGUAAGUGCCGGGACCGCUGCGAGAGGGAACCACACUUCACCUGUGCCUCUGACGGCAUGACCUACUACAACAAGUGCUACAUGGACGCAGAGGCGUGCUCCAAGGGCAUCAGCCUGGCUGUGGUCACCUGCCGCUUCCACCUCACCUGGCCCAACACCAGCCCCUCGCUGCCCCAGGCCACCACUCUGCCCCCAACCACUGCUGCUCUUCCGGUGACCCCCCCCCCUCCCACCGAGCCUCAGACUCCCAUGGUUGUCAGCAGCCCGGUUCACCAGACCGUCAAAGUGGGCGACACCGCCAGCUUCCUGUGUGACGUGACAGGCCGCCCCCGACCUGAGAUCAGCUGGGAGAAGCAGCUGCCGGAGGGGCUGGAGAGGGUGGCCAUGAGGCCCAAUCACGUGCGCGGGAACAUGGUGGUCACCAACAUCGGGCAGCUGGUCAUCCACAACACGCAGCCGCAGGAUUCAGGCGUCUACAUCUGCACCGCUCAGAACCCCUCUGGAUCUGUGAAGGUCAGCCACCCGCUCUCUGUCCGGCCCAUAGAGCCACCCAAGACCCCUGACCCAGGGAACGUAACCCGCUGCCUGUCUGAAGAGUGUCUGAAACCGGCUGAUAACCCCGAGGAUUGUGGGAGCGAGAUGGAGAGAGUCAGCUGGUACUAUGAGUCCAAGACCAACAACUGCUUCUCCUUCACCCACUGCCACGGCAGCAACAGCCCGCAGCCCAGGAAGAUGUUGGAGACGUACGAGGAGUGUAUGCAGUGCUGCGGCCCCGAGCUGGCCGCCCCCUGCGGCCUCCCCAGUCUGCAGGGCCCCUGCAAGGCCUACGAGCCGCGCUGGGCCUACAGCAGCACCCUGCUGCAGUGCCAGUCCUUCAUCUACGGAGGCUGUGAGGGCAACAACAACAACUUUGAAUCCAAAGAAGCCUGUGAGGAGAUGUGCCCCUACCCGAAAAACCACCACUGCAAGGCCUGCAAGCCACGGGGCAAGAUGGUGACGAGCUUCUGCCGCAGCGACUUCGUCAUCCUGGGCCGCAUGACAGAGCUGAUGGAGGAGACGGACUCGGGCCACGCCCUCGUGACCGUGGAGGAGAUCCUAAAGGACGAGAAGAUGGGUCUCCGGUUCUUUGGCAAGGAGCCUCUGGAGGUCACCUUCCUCAACAUGGACUGGAACUGCCCCUGCCCCAACAUCACGGGCGCUGCCGCUGAGGGGCAGGUCAUCAUCAUGGGCAACGCCAACGACGGCAUGGCAGUGCUUCAGCCGGAGAGCUACGUGGGCGCUUCAAGCCCGCGACGUGUACGGAAGCUGAGGGAGGUCAUCUCCAAGAACACAUGUGACAUUCUUAAAGCGAUCACCAACAGCCCGCAGUAGGGUCAGGG